AUGAAUGCUUCAAACCUUCUCUAUGAGGUCGGUGAUAUUGAGGACGACAUGGUUGCAAUUUAUGAUGCCAAUCUUGAAAAGGUCCUAGCUGAUUUUCCUUCUCCUGUAACUGGUGGUACAAUGCUUAUAGUGGAGGAUUUUCAACAGAAAUUGAAAUGUGAUAUCAAUAUAAAACACAGAGAGGAAUUUGAUGGAGAGAAAGAACCUGAUGGAAUGGUUCUCUCAGGAUGGACAACAACCGCAGAAACAACGACCUUCACUGAUUGUGCCGGAUGCCUUUUGACAUUUACAAAUGGCCGGUUCAAUAGUGAUGUGAGCCUUAAUGCAAUUGCAUUUCUUCGUUUCUGUGCAGUCAGACUUACUGAUGGAGGACUUGUAUGCAAUAAGAAGAGCAGUAUUGAUGGCUCGUCACCAUGA